ACUGGACCGACAAACGCGGGGCCGGCCUUGCUUUCUGCCCCAGGGAAUGGCGAUUCGCGUCCCGAGGCGGUUCCGGGGAGGCUCGGCCGUGGAGAGAGCGACGGAGAGCGCUGCAGGAAGCCGGGCAGCUCCCUCUGCCUCGGGCCUGGCGCGCGCGACGGCCCCAGACAAGCCCCGCGCUCCCGGCUCCUGCGGCGUCCGCAGCCCCGGGGCGCGCGUGCAGGCGGCAGCAUUAAACUCCUGAAGUAGGGAGAGACCCCGCGGAUAGAAGGGGGCGGGGGUGUGUCAGAGAAUCCUCAAAGCUAUUCAAAGAGAGAGAGAGAAGUCCAGGCGUGGUCCAGCCAGCUUUUCACUUGAGGUCUCCGUGGAGCAUCUAGCUUUGCUCCCGGAGUUACUCGAAGGCGGAAACUUUUCAGCGGACUUUGGGCCUAGGGAGAAGAAGGGAUGGGGGGGGGGUGCUGGGAAGAGCGAGUGCGCGCCCGUGGCUCGGGGCGCCCCCUCGGGGGGGACCGGCGUGGAGGUCGCGCCUCGGCAGUGCCGGCCAGUGCCGCCGGAGACGGGGACGAGCUGGACCGAGGCGGGGGGAAUCGUGCGCUCUCCACUUGGCCGCGGGGAGCUCCGGUGCUGCAGCCGCUCCGGCGCUCGCGGAAACUUUCCUCGGCGCUGUGCGUAGGCUCGCUGUCCUUUCUGCUGGCGGUGCUGGUGCGGCGGGUCGGCGAGGAGAGUGGCCGGGAGCUGGGGCCGAGUCCGGAGGCGGCGGCGGCGCCUGCCGCGGAGGAGGAGGAGGGAGGAAGGGGGGAGGAGGAGGAGGAGGAGAAAGAGGAGGAGGAACCGGCCCCGGGAGCAGAAGGGGGCGUCUUCCCCGGCGCUCAGGGAGGCGCGCCCGGGGGCGGCGCGCAGCUCAGCCUGCUCCUCAGUCUCCCGGGUGCCUUCUUCUGGAUGGGCUUGUACCUCCGGCGCGCCGGGGUGCGCCUGCCUCUGGCUGUCGCGCUGCUGGCCGCCUGCUGCGGGGGGGAAGCGUUCGUCCAGAUUGGGCUGGGCGUCGGGGAGGAUCGCCUGCAGUCGCUGCCCGCCGCGGGGGUGGCGCUCAGCUGCCUGGCCGCCGCGACAUGGCUGGUGCUGAAGCUGAGGCUGAGGCUGAGGCUGGGCGUCCUCAUGAGCGCCUUGACUAGCGCGGUCAGGACCCUGGGCCUCUUUUCCUUGGAGUGGUUCAAGGUCGCCUGGAGACCUUACCUGGCGCACUUGGCCGGCGUGCUGGGGAUCCUCCUGGCCAGGUACGCGGAGCAGAUCCUGCCGCAGUCUCGGGGGGCGGCUCCGAGGGAGCGUCUGGGGUCCCAGGAAGAGAUCCCGGUGUUCAGGAGGCGGCGGCGCUCCAGCUCCGUGGUGUCCGGCGAGAUGUCGGGCUGUGGCGGCAAAUCCCACCGCAGGACCUCCCUGCCCUGCAUCCCCCGGGAGCAGCUCAUGGGACAUUCAGAAUGGGACCACAAGCGUGGACCUCGAGGAUCACAGUCCUCAGGAACCAGUAUUACCGUGGACAUUGCUGUGAUGGGCGAGGCUCACGGCCUCAUUACUGACCUCCUGGCAGACCCCACUCUGCCCCCAAAUGUGUGCACGUCGCUGCGGGCGGUGAGCAACCUGCUCAGCGCGCAGCUCACCUUCCCAGCCAUCCACAAGCCCAGAGCCAACCCUGUGGUGUCCUUCAGUGAAAACUACACCUGUUCCGAUUCGGAAGAGAGCUCUGAAAAAGACAAGCUGACCAUCCCCAAGCGCCUGAGAAGAAGUUUGCCCCCGGGCUUGUUGAGACGAGUUUCAUCAACUUGGACAACUACCACCUCAGCCACAGGUCUCCCCACCUUGGAGCCCGCACCAGUACGAAGGGACCGUAGUGCCAGCAUCAAGCUACAGGAAGCACCUGCAUCCAGUACUGUUAAUCCUGAUUCUUGGAAUAGCCCUGUGAUGAUGACCCUCACCAAAAGCAGGUCCUUCACUUCCUCCUAUGCUGUUUCUGCAGCUAACCAUGUAAAGGCUAAGAAGCAAAAUCGACCAGGUGACCCUGCUAAGAUUUCACCUCUUCAGUCGCCCUGUUCCUCACCUCUCCAAGGGACUCCUGCCAGCAGCCCUGUCAGCAAAAUUUCUGCAGUGCAGUUUCCAGAAUCUGCCGAGACAGCUGACAAACACGGUCCAAGUUCUCAUAGGACUUUAACCUAUACUCAGAGCACCCCUGACCUGUGCCCUCAGACCCUGGCUCCACCUGUUGUAUGUAGCAGCUGUGGCAGACCUUACUCCCAAGUGACUCCUGCGGAUGGGCCCUUGGAGAAGAGUGGCAAGGCCACUGGGACAUCUAGCCGAACAGAUGACACUGCCCAAGCUACCUCUGAUUAUGAAACCAAUAACAACAGUGACAGCAGCGACAUUCUACAGAACGAAGAUGAGGCUGAGUGCCCGAGAGAGUCGCUGAGGGAAACGCUGGCUUGUGGCACCUAUGGCCCUGAAGCCAUGAUAUUCCUGGAUAAACCAAUUCUUGCUCCCGAACCUCUUGUCAUGGAUAACCUGGAUUCAAUUAUGGAGCAGCUAAAUACUUGGAAUUUCCCCAUUUUUGAUUUAGUGGAAACUAUAGGAAGAAAAUGUGGCCGUAUUCUUAGUCAGGUCUCCUACAGACUAUUUGAAGACAUGGGCCUCUUUGAAGCUUUUAAGAUUCCAGUUAGAGAAUUUAUGAAUUAUUUUCAUGCUUUGGAGAUUGGAUACAGGGAUAUUCCUUAUCAUAACAGAAUCCAUGCCACUGACGUCUUACAUGCUGUUUGGUAUCUUACCACACAGCCUAUUCCAGGCCUCUCCACCGUGGUUAAUGAUCCCGGAUCAGCAAGUGAUUCAGAUUCUGACAGUGGAUUUACACAUGGACAUAUGGGAUUUGUGUUUUCAAAAAUGCAUAAUGCGGCAGAUGAUAAGUAUGGAUGUCUUUCUGGAAACAUCCCUGCCUUAGAGUUGAUGGCAUUGUAUGUAGCUGCAGCCAUGCAUGACUAUGACCACCCAGGGAGAACUAAUGCUUUCCUGGUUGCUACUAGUGCUCCUCAGGCGGUGCUAUAUAAUGAUCGUUCUGUUUUGGAGAAUCAUCAUGCAGCUGCUGCAUGGAAUCUUUUCAUGUCCCGGCCAGAGUAUAACUUCUUAAUUAACCUUGACCAUGUGGAAUUUAAGCAUUUUCGUUUCCUUGUCAUUGAAGCAAUUUUGGCCACUGACUUGAAGAAACACUUUGACUUCGUAACUAAAUUUAAUGCCAAGGUGAAUGAUGAUGUUGGGAUAGAUUGGACUAAUGAAAAUGAUCGUCUCCUGGUUUGUCAGAUGUGUAUAAAGUUGGCUGAUAUCAAUGGGCCAGCUAAAUGUAAAGAACUUCAUCUUCAGUGGACAGAGGGUAUUGUCAAUGAAUUUUACGAACAGGGUGAUGAGGAGGCCAGCCUUGGGUUGCCCAUCAGCCCCUUCAUGGACCGCUCUGCUCCUCAGCUGGCCAAUCUGCAGGAAUCCUUCAUCUCUCACAUUGUGGGGCCUCUGUGCAACUCCUAUGACUCAGCAGGACUCAUGCCUGGAAAAUGGGUUGAAGACAGCGAUGAGUCAGGAGACACUGAUGACCCGGAAGAGGAGGAGGAAGCUACAGCAGCGGAUGAAGAAGAAACUUGUGAAAAUAAUGAAUCUCCCAAAAAGAAAACUUUCAAAAGGAGGAAAAUCUACUGCCAAAUAACUCAGCACCUCCUGCAGAACCAUAAGAUGUGGAAGAAAGUCAUUGAAGAGGAGCAGCAAUUGACUGGCAUUGCAAAUCCAGCCCUGGACCAAUCUCCUCAGCAACACACCUCAGAGCAAAUCCAGGCCAUCAAGGAAGAGGAGGAAGAAAAAGGGAAACCAAGAGCAGAGGAAACCCCGGCCCCAAAGUCAAACCAGUGACCCUGAAUACAAUGGGCUGUUUCCAAACAGAUUUGAUUUGUCAUGGACUCUUCUUCAAGCCAGCACAGUACUUAGACACAACACUGUAGAAAUGAAAGAAGAUGGAAAAUGGCUAUUGCACUUUGGGAUCCUUUGCAUUUUAUGUGUUUAUUUUUACAGUGAGGUACAUUGUUAAAAACUCUUGCUCCAAGAAGCUUUCACACUGCAACACCAGCUUCUAUGGAUAUAUUUUUUUUAUGGAGGAAAUAUGUGUGUGUGUGUGUGUGUGUGUGUGUGUGUAUAAAACCUUCCACAUAGAUAUAUGUAAAACAUAGUCACACACACAUACGCAUACACACACACACACACUGAAAGCCAGGAUUAUUGGUUCCACAUGUUAGUAACAUUCAUAUUAAGAUAUAUAGUGGUCACUGUGAUAAUAAAUCAUAAAGGAAAACAAAUUGCAUGGGAAAUGAUGUGGCUUAGCAUGGAAAAGGGUACAGCGAAUGUAGGCUACAACUAAGCAGCUUUUGCUCUUUAGACUGUGGGAUGAAAGUUUCAGAGCAUUAUUUGAAUUCUGAUAUAUCCUGCCAACACUUUGUGUGUGUGUGUAUGUGGGGGGGAUGGGUCUGUUAAGAGAAGGAGGGAGUUUGUAUGCAUGUGUUUGUAAAAGUAGAGAAAUUUUUUUGUAGAAUAGCGGUAGCAGAUGACUGAGUACAUGUGAAAAAACAGAAGGAAGUUCGCUCUGGAGAGUCUGUAGGGCAGCCAUUCCAUAGGCCCUCCCUUUAGAUAGAGGUCCUUUCAAUUGGAGAGCAUUCAUGGGCCACGUGACUGGUACUACUGCUAUCCACCACUUGGAGGCGCGCUAACACCAGGCUCAAUCCUGGAAGAUGGAGGCAUUUUCCAGUCUAUUUCCCUAAUGAGUAUAUACGAGCUGCUUGUGAGUGUGUAUGUCACUUACCUAAAAUCAAAUCACCUUUAAAGGGGAUGGCAUUCUUUGUACAUAAACACCCAAAAGGAGCUGCAGGCAGGUAAGAGUUCUAAAAGGAUGCCAGAGAAAUGGGAAAUUACACUUAAUAGUAUCUCCUGUGUCUUCUUAAUUUGCUGCAAAACAUAUAUUAGGAAAAAAAAAAAAGGCAAACAGAAAUUCACUAUAGGUUACCUGGCAAGAGAUGAUGUAGAAAAUAGCAACUUAGGGUUUGGGUGUUGACGUAAGGAAAACAUGGUCCUUGACAACUGUAAGAUUGGCUUUGAGGGUGAAGUUCCCUCUGACACCCUCUGUGUGGUAUUUCAUACACUGUGUGAUGGAAACCUCUGUCUGCAAUCUGGCCUAUUGUCAUGCUUCUUUUGGUUUACAGAGGGAUUGUUUAGGGAUUGGGCUAUUUUGAAGGGUUUUCUUUAUUUGUUUAUCUACACUUGUUUAUGCUGUGAGCCAAACCUCUAUUUAAAAAGUUGAUACUCACUUUCAAUAUUUUAUUUCAUAUUAUGAUGUAUGUCAUGAGUAGUUAUCUUGAUGUAAAUAUAUAAAGAUUCUUUUGGGUUUCUGUAGAUAGUAAACUCUUUUUUAAAAAACAAAAAAGGGAAACAUUUUUAUAAAGUUAUAUUUUAAUCACCCUUUUUAUAUAUGGUAGCUAUCUCCAACCCUAGGAAGAGGAUGAUAAUUUGUUUCCAUGGAGGUCUGUGGGUAUCCAUUCACCUACCUAUUCUAGUUUAAAGAUAAUCUCAUGUAAUUAUUUUUGCCAGUUUAAUGAGGAUGCUGAAAAGAAUUUUUUUCCAGUAGUAACUUUUGUUAACUGAAUGCAUUUGGAAUCUUUGUCUUCAAGAUGAAAAAGUUAACCAGCUCCAAAUUUUUAUACUUGGUGUCCAUUUCUCUCCACCAUAGUUUUUGGUUAUAACUCCUCCUCCCAUUCUAUAUACAGAUUUGCUCAUCUUCUAAACAACCUUAGUUUCCAAGAAAACCUCGAUUGUAAUUUCUACUGUUUUACCUUCUCUGAAGUCAUAGAAGGGAGUGUUUACAUUUUAAAAAAUCCUUUGUUUUUCACAAAUGUAAAUUUUUCCCUACCAACGCAUGAUUUUGUAAUAAUCCAUAGCAUUUUUGAUUAGGCAAAGAUACCACAAUAAGAUAAUCAACAUGGUUUCAAGGCAAAAUUUCCAGUAUGUAGGAAAAUGUAAAAACAAUCCAAUGGAUACAGGCUUUACCUAAAUAAUUAAAAUCUGUUUCAGUGUUAUUUCUGUGUUAACACCAAGUCUUCAUUAUUUAGCGCUUACUGAGUUGUUUCCAUUUUCUUAGUAUUGCCUGUGUGUCUCUACAUUUGCAGUAUACUGUGAGUCAAAUAUAUUUCUUAAGUGAAAUGAACUGUUGUCCAUCCCUUGCAAAUAAAAGACAAAAGGGAAAGGCAUUUAUACUGACAUAGCAUUGUAUUUACUUUAAUCUUUUUCCCUUUUCCAAAUGGCUAUAUGUCUGUAUAGUUAAUAUAAAUAUAGGGAAAAGCUAGGUGAGUGGAAUGACACUACCAUUGUGAACCCAUCCAUAGCUGUAUAUAAGCAGUUUUAUUAAAUCUGCAAAGCCUAAGCCAGCCAGGAAGUCUUAGCCACAGCCUGGUUAUGUUUAUUUGCUUUGUUUUAAGGUACAUGAAAUAAUAGGAGUAUUAAUGGCCAAAGCAAUUAGAAUGUCUCGGUUCCAGAUUUGUGUUCAUCAAUCCAGGCAAAUGGAUAAUUUUUUUAAAUAGCCAUUAUAUUUAGACUAGAUGUCAGCUGAAAUGAAAGGAUGGAGAUCCACCAAAUGCAUAACUUUGAUACACACCUGGGACAUCUCCAAGGUUGCCUAGGAACAUAUAAAGGUAUUUUCUGCUAGUGAUGUUUUCCCCUCCUUGGCGACAGCAAUAUUAUUGAGUUCACUUCCAUCUUCAGAGCUUACUUCCUGUGGUGCCAAUGUUAUUUGUUGCAAUUUACUACAUUUUUAUAUGAGCCUACUUAUAGGUGCCAUUAGAUAAACUCAGGUCUCUCAAAUGAAGGGAUUUCUAGCACAGUUAGGGAAAAGGAUAAUUGUAUAGACAGCCAUAAAAAUCAAUAGGAAAAAUUAGAACUCAUUGCUCUCUGUUAAGUAAAAGUCCAAGUGUAUUCUGUGUAUUAUCUAUGUCAUUUUCAACAUGCUAAUAGGCUGCCUUUCCAGUGAUCUAAGUCGAAUAUUUAUUUAGAAUAUUAUUUUCUUGGCUAAAACACCACUUUUGCUUUUUUCUUAACUGAAAAAUUAUUAUUUUCUUGUCAUUUAUGCAAGACUUGGUUUUGUUCUUAGUAGAUGAAGACAGUAGCUCUGUACAGGAAUAUAUCUAUAUUGGUCAUCUAACAUGAAGGAGUUUCUUCAUGUACGUUUCAGAAAGCAUCUACUUUUUAUGGACAUAAUUCAUAAUUCUGUCUGUUCUAUUUUGGUUGAAUUACAGGACAAAUCCUAACCAUUGCAACCCCAGUAGUAUUAAAGAAAACAUGGAAUGUCACGGAGACUGUUCAUUAGCUGUACGUAGACAGUUUAUGUGCGAUUUUCCCAUGUCCCCUUCCCUCCCUUCCCAGAGAAUUUUCCUGAAGGUAAAAGCCAUGCAGAAGGCAUGAACUUUGUUUCAAUGAUGGAAAAAUAUAAAUUAUUUUCUAAGUAAUAAAAAUAUGAAAAUUAUCAUUGUAAAUAAAGUCUAAAGUUUGAAAUGAUUGCUGUAAAAAUUUGAAGUAUUUGUUUGAUGAACAAAUCCUGACUAAUGAGAAUUGAAUUUCUCCCAAAUCAUUUAUAUUCUACUUGGAGAGAAUUCUUGGUGCUUCCAUGUUAUGGAGAUCUCCACCAUUCUUGUCAGUUAUAAUAUUUCUAAAAUAAUAAUGAAAAUCAUUGAAAGGAUCUUACUAUACUUCUCUUCUUUCCUACUUGAUUCCCAUUAAAUGCCUUUCCUGAUGUAUAUGCUAUUUGCAAAUGGCCUUUCAAACUAGCAGGAGACCCCAGUCUGAUAGAGUUUUGUGAACUUUCAUAGUCAAGAAAAUCGAGAUUCUUCUUAUUCUACAAACUACCAAAUAGUGUGUGUAGAAAACAUAUCAGGAAAAAAUUUAGAUGCUAAUAGCUCAACUCCAGAUAAUUAUGAUCUAACAUAUGUACUUUGAAACCAAACUGGGUUUCCACCAUCAUCUUACCUAACUAGCAAGAAAAAUUUUCAGAGCAUUAUUCUAGGUUAUUCAUUUCUCUCAUCAUCUCUAUGAAGAAAAGCUAUUAAUUUCCCAUGAUAAAACUAUGAUAUUGCCCAUUUUUUAAACCUGCUUAAGUUCAGAUUUAAGAAACCAAUUAGGCAUUUGAGGUGAAGAGUAUUCUGAAAGUAAGUUACUCUGAGGAUUUCUAAUCAAAGAGGGAAUGUAUUAGUUUGGAGCCAAUAUGCACUUUAUAUUCUCACAAUUUAUUUCUCUAGAAAAUAUUCAAGUUCUUCUGGGAAAUUCAAUUAGGAAUGAAUGAAACUAUAAACACUGAGUUGACUAUAAACUAUCAUUCCGAUAACUUAAACUGAGUUUUAUGUAAAUAUUUGUAUGUUUCACACCAAUAACCCAUUGUCAGAAAAUAAGAACAUUUUUAAGUUGAUGUUAUAUGCCACAGAUGUUAGGCAAUUUGUGCUAUUGCCUCACACAUUGCAUUUGUUAAAAUAAUGUUGCUUUUACCUUACCUAAUAGGUGCUUUCUGCCUUACCUGAAUUGAUCUUGUUAUGUAUGCUAGUAAAUUAUUCUAAUACCAGGUUAACAAUAUUGACAGAAAUCAUUGAGCUUUUGUGUGUUGUGUGUAUGUGUGUGUAUGUGCACUCUAUGUUUGAUGAUGCAAAACUGAUGAUUAAGGCUUUAAUUAUUUGGUGGAACUCAGUCUACUGAUUCAAAAACUAUGGAUCCAAUAUAAGUUAUUUUAAUGUAGAUGAAACCUUAAAGUAUAUGGAACUAUGUAUGGAUGGAAAGCAACAUUGACUUUUGGCAUAUGCUUAAAGCUCUAAGAAUAGGCCAGAUUUCUCAUGUAAAGGCAGCUAGUUCUUCUCUGUAUCACGUCUUUAAGGUUGAGUACCUUGUCAUGUGUUUUUAUCCCUGUAUUUCUGCUUCUCCAAGGAAUUAUGGUGUCCAGAUGAAGAGCCAGCACUUCUCCUUAUAGAAAAGAAAUGCUGAAUGAGUGUCCAUUUCAAAAACUUUCUCAUUGCUUCACAUCAAGAAGUGAUUUUUCAGUCAUGAAAAUAAUUUAGCCAAACAACCUGUUUGGAAGAUAGUAAUGUUAAAUUUUCAUAUGUAAGCACUACCAAUAUUUAAAUUUUAAUUCUCUUGAACCAAAACUGCAUUAAUUUUUUUAUUAAAUUAAUCUGAGACCCAUAAAAUGACUUUCCAUGAUACUGAGAUAUUGAAUACUUUGCCAUACCCAUACUUAGUAUUGUGUAACAAAACUGUUGGAAAUUUAUUUUUCUAAUGCCUUCUUGUCCUUUGUGGAGCAAGCUUUAUAAAGGUUCCAAUAUAUACAUAAGAUUGAUAAAAUACAUUUACUCCAAGAAUUUAAGUGUUAAAAUUAAAAUUUAAGUUUUCUGAGUUAUCCCAAGGGAAAAUAAUAUAUUAUCCAGCAGUUUAUCAUGGCUUAGGUUAUUGUCAAAAUAAAUGGUGUAUUACUAUAGAUUUUAUUUUACUAAACACUAACCUAAUUAGAAGCCCAAACACUUCACUACAAAAAAUUAAGCAUUAAUCUUAACUUUGACAGAUGAAGCACUGACCAGUUGAAUAACCAUUCAUCUACAUUCAUCUGCGAAGCAUGAUCAAAUGGUAGGUUGGAAUUUGAAACUUAUUGAUAGAAAGGUGUUUAAAAAUAUUUUUAAAGUUUUAUGCUUUAAAUUUUCAGUGACAUUGAAAGUAUCUCUUUCAAAUGAAACAAACUACAGCAAGGAAUCCAUCCUUUCUUCUAAGAAAAUCCAAAAAUCCCACAAGCCCCAGUCAUUCUGAUAGAAAAAAAGUAUGGCUUCUCACCAGUUUCACUUCUCUGACUAAAUAUUAAUAAAGGAAAAGUAACCAGAAAUUCUCUCUACCAUAAUAAGGAAAAAGGAAUGACUUUUACAUCAAGAUCUAAAUGACCUCUGGUUUCAUUGUGAAGUCCGUGAUACUAAGAAGAAAAAACUUCAGAGCUGAGAACUGGGAGCCAAUACUACAUAGAACUCAAAGCAUAUUCCAAGACACUCCUUCAUCUCAGUGAGAAACCAAUUUAGAUAUUAGCUACUCUGGACUAAAAUGACAUAGUGGAUCCAUAUUUCAGCCCUCUUUCACUUACUGUCUUGAGCACUUACACAUGUUUCUGAAUGUGAAUUAGUCUUUAGGGAUUAGAAACUGCUGCUUAAAUACCUUUUGAAGAGAAGGAUUUUUAUUCUAGUGGUUUUGUUCCCUAUAGAAUAGCAAAAUACUCUAAUGUUUAUUAAUGUGAAAUUAAAAAUAACUUUAAAAUGUUCUUUUUGUGAAUAUCACUUGUUGGUUGAUAGAAUUUCUCCUGCCACCUCUCUUUUUAAAAUUUUCAAUGCGUUAUUUUUAUGACUCAAAUCUAUAUGUUUCACCUUAGCUAUUUAUAAGUGUAAUCUAGUACUAUAGUGUUGCUAUCCUUAAUAACACUAACAUAUCUAUAUAUUACCAGUUAGUGAGAUUUUAAUGGCUUGACUUUUAAUAAAUAUUUGUUCAUUAGUUUAAGAAAUGACUAAUUUUGAUACACUAUAAAAUAUUUGCAUGAGACUUUUAGCAUAUUAUGUUUGCUUAACUUUUUCUCACUUAUGCGUGUCAGUUUAUAUCUUAAUAAAUUACCACAAAAGAAUGCAUACACUUUUUGCUCCAAAAAGCAAAUUAGUUAGCAAUUAGUUAUUAGUUAGCAAGCACUGGAAAUAAAUAUCACUGAACCUACACCUUGAUAUUUCUUCCUAGAGAUUUUCAUCAUACAAAGCACAAAAUGAAAAUUGGUGUGUUUAUAAGUUUAUAAGUAUUCUAGAACUCUGAAUGAAACACAAUGAAUAUAAGAUUCUCCCUGUUUUUCUAUAAUGACUUUGGUAUAAGACUUUGGUAUAAGAAACUAAAUGAACUUUAUUCUUGAUCCUGAGUGGUUUUGGUUUUGGUUAAUUUGAUUUGAUUUCUGGUGUGAAAAUGUGUUCUGAUUUCUGAUAGGCCUGUUGAAGAGUUACCUCAUCUUGACCAAAAACCAGUGUCAUUAUAUAGUUCUAAUUUAGCAUGUCCUGAAUACUUAGCCUCAUAUAAUAUUUGUAAGUGAGAGAGUAUGGAAUUGAUCUAAUCUACUCUUCCUAAACAGUAAUAUUUUCAAAAAACUAUCAACCAAGGUGACUCCAUAGGGAUAUCCUUUGUGCUAUUCCCUCUAGUUGACAAUUUUUAACAAUAAUUCUUACUACUCUCAACAAAACUGAAUAUUCUCAUUAAUUAAUAAAUUUGUCCAAUGUAUUAACUUUUAGAAAUACAAGAGUGAGGUAUUGGAACAUAAGUGAUCAUUUUGCGAAUAGAAACAUUUUCUCCUCUGACCUAUAUUGAUGGACUUAAUAUAUGUAGCAAUACCUGAUAUCCUAUCACAAGUAUUUGUUAAGAGACAUCAUUAAUUGGUAAUAAUUGUUUUGUAAAAAGUAGAAUCUGUACAGAAAAACAUAAUAGAUAAAUUGUAUUUAUUUUUAUUAUUUUUUAGCUUAGAUGCUAUUUGAUGCUCCCUUUUUGCCACAUUACUGGAAGUGCCUCUUGGUUAUAUAUAUACAGUACAUAUAUAUUCAAAAUUGUUACAUUGUAUCAUAGUUUCUCAAUGUGGAUGUUACAAUGUGAAAAUAAUGUAUAAUAUAAAAUAAUUCUGUGGUAUCAUG